AUGCCUACUCCUUCUAUUUCCUCAGAUAAAUCUCGACAGUCAUCAGCGGGCAAGUCAUUUUUCGGAAGAAAAUUACAUAAAGAUCGUCCCCCGGAUCCUCGGUUUGAAGGCAACGGCUUGGAGGUAUUUGGGGCCAGCGGCUCCGCGGCUGGAUCACGCUCCUCCCGCCAUUCCAAGCACGAAUCCAUACAUUCGGUGGACAUACCCUUUGACCACCCCGGUAUGUCAUCUGGUGUUAUCACCGCUAUCCCUUAUGAUAGCGUGGCAGCAGACCCCAAAUCUCCUAUCCCUGUUGACUAUCUCCCUCAACAACGAAAAGAGCCUUCCCCUCAUCACCUAAAUAAACCGGGCUUUGACCCGCACCAAUAUCCGUCGUGGAAUGGCCAACAACCAUCGAAUGGAUCCUCACAUCCAAAUGGCCCAAGACCCCCGCCUAGCUCCAACACAACUAUGGCCGCAAGCCAUACGGGGGAUAAGGGAACGAAAUACCAGCAAUGGGGUGGCCCAGGCAACGGCUAUCCUUCCUACUCAACUCCCGAUUCGUCGACGAAUUCCCGCACAUCCCUAGAUCAGAAUAGCAUUUACUCCUCCAUCUCGUCCGCCCAAACCUCCUAUGACCCAUCCCUCCGUCCAUACACCUCCCAGUCGAAUGAACGAUAUCCACUAUCUUCCGCGCACUCAGCUUCCAGAUACUCCUCCAUAUCCCAAACGCAAUACUCGACUCCGGGUUCCGCAUUUGCGUUGGCGGUUGCUUCUGAUGGAAACUUUAGCCAACCAAAGGAUGAUAGAAUUGUUGACCAGAUGUUCUACGAGCUAAUGAUCAAGAGAGGAUGGCAGAACUUGCCAGAGCAAGCGAAGCGGCAGAUGCUGGCAUACCCGGCCUCAAAGAAGUGGACGCUGGUGCAUCAAGACCGUUUGACGCAGGCUCAGGGCGACAAGAAAAAGUCAAAUUCCCGACUCACGUAUGGCUAUCCUGAUGGCCCCGCCGGUCUUCUCUCGAGAGCAGACGAAGAUGGGAGCCCUGAAUGGUAUGUGAAGAAGGUAAUGGAUGACUCAAUUAGCACGAAACAACUACAAAGUCUGAGUGUCAGUUUGCGGACGCAACCAAUAAGCUGGGUACAAUCAUUUGUGGAAGCCCAAGGCCCAGUUGCCCUGGCGAACGUUCUCAGCAAAAUUAACCGACGAAAGGCCUCCGGACCAGCUCCAGCUACACCGGCAUCGGGCGACAGGGAUCUCGAUCGCGAAUAUGAUAUCGCGAAAUGCUUCAAGGCAUUAAUGAAUAAUAAAUAUGGCGCCGACAAUGCUCUGGAGUGUCAACAAGUCAUUAUCGCACUCGCCAAUUCGCUGACAUCGCCACGUCUUAACACGCGCAAAAUGGUCAGUGAAAUAUUGACGUUUUUGUGUCAUUGGGCCGAGGGCGAGGGCCAUCAGAAGGUUCUCCAAGCGAUGGACAGUGUUAAAAGCGCGAGAGGGGAGACCGGUCGUUUCGAUGCUUGGAUGCGCAUUGUCGAGGUCACUAUAGACGGACGAGGGAAAAUGGGGAGCCUUGUCGGCGCCAGCGAGGAAUUUCGAAGUGGGGGCAUUGGCAUGGAGAACUUGCUUAUGGACUACGCUCUCAAUACCCUUUUCUUAAUCAAUAUGAUCGUCGACGCGGCAGAGCGUGAUCUCCAGCUCCGCUGCCAUAUCAGGGCGCAGUUCACCUCCUGCGGGAUCAAGCGAUUGCUGGUAAAAAUGGAAGAAUUCCAGUAUGAGGCUAUCGACAAACAGAUUGAAAAAUAUAGGGAAAAUGAAGCCAUUGAUUAUGAAGAUCUCCUCCAGCGGGAGAAUAGCAGUAUGAAGGACAGCAUCGAGGGGGAGGUUACUGAUAUGAAUGACCCCGUCCAGAUUACGAAUGCGAUAGCAUCUAAAAUAAAAGAUGGCCGUUCACAGGAUUACUUCCUCUCUGCAAUGCAACACUUGCUGCUAAUCCGAGAGAACUCGGGGGAGGACGGCGUGAGGAUGUUCCAGCUCGUGGACGCCAUGCUCAGUUAUGUGGCUAUGGAUCGUCGGCUGCCGGAUUUGGAUCUUAAGCAAAGUCUAAAUUUUACAGUCCAGAGCUUGCUCGAUAAGCUACAUACGGACGCAGAGGCGAGGCGUGCAUUCGAUGAGUCCCUUGAAGCUCGACAGAUCGCAGACGCCGCCAUUGCUGAGAGAGACGAGGUGAAGGCGCAACUUGAGCUUGGUGCUGAUGGGCUAGUCAAAAAGCUUCAGAAGCAGAUUGAAGAGCAAACCGAUAUCAUUAAUCUCCAGUCACGUCAGAAUGAGGCCUUGAAAGCGGAACUAGCUGAAAUUCAGCGGCUGCGGGGCCAGGAAUUGCAGCGGAAUGAGCUGGAGACUCGCGAAUUGUAUCUCAUGCUGCGUGAUGCACAGGAAGUUGCUGCCUCCAAAGCGCAGAAGGGGAAUCUAGACAAACUUGGUGACACUGAUCCGACUCAAAUGAAUGGCAUUCUCGAUCGCGAAAAGCUUAUGAAUCGGCUCGAGAAACAAUUGGAGCGAACAAAGACGCAGUUCAAGCUUGAGGGUAGAGUUUGGCAAGAGGGUGGACCAUCGGAUAGGCUCCGUGAGUUGCGCGAGCAAAUGGAUGGCGAUGUUGGAUUUGGUGGUGGAUUCGACGAGGAAACCAAACGCAGUUUCACCAAUAGCACUUUUGGCGCUGUUUCCCGGAAACGAAGCCAGGGCGCUAAUAAGAAGGACGUUGAAGAGGAACAACUUUCUGACCUUGGCGAGGAGGAUGGUGGUGACGAGGGUGUUGUGGAACGGCCGCGAUUAGUUGAAAUCAAACGGCCACGCAUGAACCCUGAACAGGCAACGGGAUUGUUGGGAGAAAUCGCGUCCAGAGUACAAAAGAUUGAUGAUAGUGAUGAUGAGAAAGAUGGUGAAAAAGAUGCAAUCGAGAAGCCUAAGGUAGAAGAUGCUGUUCCUCCUGGUCCUCCGCCGCCGCCCCCUCCCCCGCCUCCUCCAGGUGUCGGUGCGCCUCCGCCUCCCCCACCCCCACCCCCACCUCCCCCGCCUGGUAUAAGUGGCCCACCUCCACCUCCACCCCCUCCACCUCCUCCUGGUGUUGGCGGUCCUCCACCACCCCCGCCGCCUCCUGGCAUGGGUGGACCACCGCCUCCUCCACCCCCUCCAGGCGCAGGUCCCGGAGGCCCUCCACCCCCUCCCCCUGGAGCAAGUAUGGGCGGCUGGAAAAAGACGUACCUACCUGCGGCAGAUGCACCUGCAGCCACGAUUGGGUUACCAUUCAUCCGACCGAAAAAGAAGUUAAAGGCACUGCAUUGGGAAAAGGUUGAUUCUCCUCAAGUAACAGUCUGGGCAGCGCAUACUCCAACGCAUGAGGCGAAAGAAGAGAAAUAUACCGAGCUCGCCAAGAAAGGUGUUCUGGAUGAAGUUGAGAGACUCUUUAAAGCCAAGGAGACAAAGGCUCUCGGCACCGGCACUGGUAAAAAGAAAGACAAGAAGCAAAUACUACCCAGCUCUCUCAUGCAUAAGUUUCAAAUCUCAAUGGCUAAGUUUUCGGAGCUCUCAGCGGAUGAGGUUGUGCGAAAAAUCAUCCACUGUGAUCCUGAUAUCUUGGAUAAUAAUGUUGUGAUGGAAUUCUUGCAGAAGGACGAACUCUGCAGCAUUCCAGACAACACUGCAAAGGCAAUGGCGCCCUACCGCAAAGAUUGGACAGGCCCUGACGCUGCGACCUCAGAUCGAGAUCAGGACCCCAGCGAACUCACGCGUGAAGAUCAAAUUUAUCUUCAAACUGCCGUUGAGCUUAACCAUUAUUGGAAAGCACGGAUGCGCGCUCUUCAGCUAACUCGCACCUUCGAGACGGAUUACGACGAUUUGUCCACCAAGCUGCAGGAAAUCGUUCGUGUUUGUGAAUCUCUGCGUGAUUCCGUAUCAUUGAUGAAUGUUCUUGGUCUAAUUUUAGACAUUGGAAAUUUCAUGAAUGCGGCGAACAAGCAAGCUGUUGGAUUCAAGCUUAGCUCUCUAUCCCGCCUGGCUAUGGUCAAGGAUGAUAAGAACGAAUCAACAUUCGCUGACCUGGUAGAACGGAUUGUGCGAAACCAGUAUCCUGAGUGGCAAGGCUUCGUUGAUGAUAUUGGUGGCGUCAUCGCUGUUCAAAAGGCCAACGUGGACCAGCUCCGUGCUGAAGCACAGUCGUAUAUCAACACGAUCAAGAAUGUUCAAGCCAGUUUGGAUUCUGGCUCUCUGAGUGAUCCGAAAAAAUUCCACCCACAAGACCGGGCCAGUCAGGUUGUUCAACGGUCAAUGAAGGAUGCCAGACGCAAGGGCGAACAGAUGCAAUUGUACCUUGAUGAGAUGUCGAAGACAUUCGAUGAUAUCAUGGUCUUCUACGGCGAAGAUAGCUCGGAUGAAAAUGCAAGAAGGGACUUCUUCGGCAAACUGGCCGGGUUUGUCACAGAGUGGAAGAAUUCGAAGGAAAAGAAUUUAGCUUGGGAGGAAUCGCGACGGCGAAUGGAUGCGUCAUUGGCACGGAAACGAAACAAUGGUGCAGCUCUCAAUGGCCGUGUAGACAAUGCCGAUUCGCAAUCACCGGCGUCCAGUGGAGCCAUGGACUCCCUACUAGAGAAGCUGCGAGCUGCCGCACCACAGGCGCGAGACCAACGCGAUCGCCGUCGUCGUGCGCGACUAAAGGAACGACAUCAGGUCAGGGUUGCAUCCGGACAGAAGGUCCCAGACUUACCUACUGAAGCCGCCGAGAGAAGCACCGAAGGUGAUGGUGAUGAUGCAAGCAGCGCAAACAACCGGGAUCUCCUGAGCCCAGGCACAAAACCAGAUGAAUCAGCAUCUUCAGUCAAAGAAACACAAGUAUCUGAAGGUGAAGACAUCGCUGAUAGAGCUGCAAGCAUGCUUCAGGGGCUUAGGAACGACACAGAAGGUGGUGCUGAUCGUGCACGUCGCAGAGAGAGCGCUGAAGAAGCUAGGCGGAACCGGAGGUUAAGGAGGAAGACAGCAGCGGCUCACGGGAGCAAGGAUGGCGAUAACGCUGACGGGCCCUUAUCGCCGGUGAAGGAGCCAGAUUCCGCUGGAAUUGAAGGAGGAAUAGACGGACAGACUACUUCUCCCAUUAGCCCAACUGCGCCAGAUGAUUCGCCACAGCCAUCGGAAACGCCAUCAAUUGUUGUCUCCGGCACCAAAGAUGCAGAGCCAUCGUUAAUAACAGAAGAAAAAUAGCAUGAAAUACAGAAAGCUCGCAACCUCGGUUUCUCGUGACACGCCCGCCCUCUCAUCAAUUAAUUAAUUAUCUUUGGCUUUGAACUUAUUGGCUCGCUUCUUGCGGAGUUUGGACGUAGUUUUAUGGACUUGAUUUGCUUUUCGGCCACCUCGAUAUCUUUUUUUUUGUUUGUUGUGCAUUAUGAUUAUCUUUCCUUGUCCAUCUCAUAGCGGCAUCCUUCGCGUUUUUGCAUAGAUAUUUGUAUAUCUUGAUUUGCAUAGAUAUUUCUAUAAUCCUGCUGUGUUUCGUGACUGUUUGGUGGUAUUUUCUUCAUGGGUUAUCAUUUUAUGCUCCCUUGCUUGUUUGCAGCGGGGUGGGGAAUGAGGAAGGAUUAACUAAAGUGGGGGAAUUUAUCUGUUUUCUUUUCUU